AUGCAAGGCGACCCCCCUUGCGACUGGGCUGAUUUCCUCUCGCCACAACUUCGACGUUUUCCCCGCGCCUACAAUAAGGUCACGAUGCGGAACAGGCUUGGCCAUGGAAUUGAGGGAUGUGUGGCUAGAGUUAAGUUCGAUGACGACGAAUCAUCGUUCGCCCUCAAGAUUGUAUAUGGAGACCGCCCCAAUAGUUGGUGGCCGCUAGAGCGAGAGGCCCGGAACGUCGCGGUCCUGGAGAAGAUACAGGCCGGCAUCCACCAGUCCUCGCCGGAACCCAUCCACGUCCCCGCCAAACGGACGACGCGGCUUGACUGCCUGCGCUGUCUUUACGCCUUUUCAGCCGACGGCCGGCGCUCACGCGAUUUUGACGCGCUCCCGGACGAUUCCAAGGUUGCAGUUUCCGAAUCUGACACCCGGCUCCGCAAAUGCUUCGGGUGGAUCCGCGUUCAAGGAGCUGAUUUCAUGCGCAUGAACAGCAUAAUAAAGAUAGACGAGUAUGCCAGGCGGAAAGGUGAGGGAUCUGCGAGCUACCUUGAAUCUGGCGCACAGUACUACGCCAUUGUGUACGAGUAUAGCCAGUUGGACUUCUUCUACCGCAUUGGAUUUCACCCGUGUCAAGGGCUGCACAAAGUGAAUUGGCAAGGGCCCGGCAUUCUGCUCGAUUUUGGUGACUACAACUCUCCAGUCGAUCCCUGGUUCGAGGCCCGCUGCGCUUACCACAAGCACACUACGGCCGAGUACAUCAUCGAUCGAACAAAGGCUCUAGAAGAAUCAUCCGCAGAAUGGGACCGAAUCAAUAACUUGCGCGAUCAAGGCAUUGGACCCACGGAAGAAGAGAAGCAGAAGCGAGAAAAGGAGAAAGCUCAGUCUAACACAGCAAGGUUCGUCGAGUAUGGCUAUGAUGAACAUCAACGAUAUUUAUCCUACUCUGAAUGUAAGGCCUGGGACGGCGGGAACCCUCAAACAGUGACCAACGAAGAAAUCCUCGAGAGGAAGCUCGAGCUGGAUCCGCUCAGUCAGAUACGCAUCAACGGGGUAGAGCCAGAAACGGUGAUUCUAGCGUGGAAAACGUACAAAAAUCAGAAAAAGAAACACCUCGCUGCUUUUGGACCAAAGACUGAAACCAAGGAAGUCUGA